ACUGUGUACGUAUAUCCGCUAGCACCACGCAACACAACGCCACCAGAGGGAUUUGCAAUACUGAACGAAUACAGUUGUGCUGUUCCAACUUCUUUGUACUCCGACACUGUCUGAACUAACAUUUCGCUCCACCAUGGUCGACAAAAUGAGCAUGUCUCUGGACGACAUUAUCAAGCUUAACAGCAAAGGAAGCCGUGGUGGUGGUUCGUCCCGCCUGAGUGAACGUUCUGGUUUCGCCGGUGGAUUUUCGAGGUCGGCGCGGAGUUCUAACCGCGAGCGAGACAACAGGCCCACACCGUACACCAGACCAAGAGAGUUGCCAGACAAAUGGCAGCAUGACAUGUUUGAGCAGCAUUCUGGUGAACAGGGGGGACAAAGCUCAAGAGCAGACAGAAGAGCAGAAAAUGGCACUAAACUGCUCAUUUCCAACCUGGAUUUUGGAGUGUCCGACUCAGACAUUCAAGAGCUGUUUGAAGACUUCGGGCCGCUGAGUAAAGUAGCAAUCCAUUAUGACCGUUCUGGCCGCAGCAAAGGAAGUGCAGAUAUUUGCUUUGAAAAGCCAGCAGAUGCAAUCAAAGCUCUGAAACAUUAUAAUGGAGUCCCUCUUGAUGGUCGCCCCAUGAAGAUUGUACAGGUGACAUCUGACGGCGACUCGCAAAGUAGACCGUCCACACAAAGUUCUAACAGAGGCUUUGACAGGAGCCGGCUCGGUCAGUCCACGCUUGACAGGAGUGACAGAAGUGACAGGAGUGAAAGGAGUGAAUGGAGUGAACGGAGGCAAGGUGGUAGCAGUGGAGGCUCAAGAGGUUGGGGACGUGGAAGUGGGCGAGGGAGAGGAAGAGGAAACAGACCCCAGUUAUCAGCUGAAGAGUUGGAUGCUCAGUUGGAUGCUUACAAUGCUAUGGCAAACAACAAUUAGAAGAGCUUUGGAAAAAAAACACGAAUUCGACAAUUUUGUAAAACCACGAUGGAUCUCAUUUCAUUUUUAUCUACAAGCCAUUUUGCCGCAUGGAACUAUGUGUUCCAUUUUAAAUGUUUUUAAAAAAAUAAAUAAAAAAUUCCAUGAUUGUGUUCUAUUGUUUUUGGCGAGAGACCAACACUGGCGUUUCUCCCUCAAUAGCUUGUGUUUUUUAAUUGCAAUACUGAUUUACUACUUUAAUACCCUUUUUAUGUUCAAACCUUUCAUAAUUUCUGUCACUUGGUACUGUAUACUUGAUAUGUGAACAUCCCAGGGUUUUGUACAUAAUAAACAAUCAAAUUGG